AUGGUCAGGAUACGAGUAGCAGCAAGGAUCAUUCCGGAAGAUGACUACUUGGAACAUAUUGAAAAACCAGCCAACCUACCCUUCAAAGGCGAGAAGCGUUUGGUGGUGGUGGUCCGGGAUCCAUACCGAUGGCAAAUCGGCACUCUUGCACUCGAGGUGCAAAGAGCUUACAAGAGUUGCUACCAACACGAUCUACCAAUCAUCAAAUACCUCAAGGACAACGAAGAUGAUUGCGACCUCGAUCCUCAGCUGUUUGUUUCGGAUCUUCUUCUUGACGAGGGUAAAGCCGAAAGAGAUGGAGUCGAUCAGCGUGUUACAAUAAAGGUCAUACUUGAGCAAGGUCGGGCCGUACGUGAAGGAUCCGUUGCGGUGGGAAGUCAGUUGAGCAAUCCUCAAUAUCGAAUCCAAUACCAAAAAACAUCUCGACCACCCGUACCCACCUUCCCUGGAGUUCCAUCUUCGCUAGGCAAACGGCCUUUCUCUUCGUCUGAAAACCGUGCUUCAAUCGUCAAUGGGGGCAAGAGACCGCGACAAAUCGAGAUACCAGAGACCCAGCGAGAAGAAAGUCUGAUCGCGUCUAUUGAGCGAGAUGAACGGGCUGAGUCUCCCGGUCUGGUCCAAGAUGCUCAGGCUUCAACUACACAACAAUCUCCUGCUUGGCCGCAGUCAAUCCUGCAACCCAAAGCGGAGUCGCCUGAGUUGUGGAGAUCAUUGCAACAUGUCCUGCCCGCGACUGCCGAUGAAUUGGAAGAAUUGCCAGGGCCACCUCCCUCCAUUGGAUCAAAUCGGCGUGAUAGAACGCAGCCGAAGAAUUGUCACAGUUCCUUGGAACCCCUGCGACUAAAUGGCGGUUCGUCCUCUUUUCAGGAACCACAUCUGCACAAUCUCGGCCUCUCUGGCGCAUCCAUAACCCCUCGAUCCGAGGCGAGGGAUUUGCCAGCUUCUUUCAACAAUCGCCACGCCGUGGGAUUGAUCGGUGCGAGACGCUCGCCAGCUCAGAGCGCAUCGACUUCGGCCCAAAAAUUCAUACGUCGAGAUGUUUAUGAUUUUCCUGAAUCAGAUAUUGACGACUCUCAAAUGUCUCCACGAUCGAGACAAGCACAGCAGAGUCAUGGAAAGUCCAAGGAUCAACUAUCUCGAAUUGAGCGGCCUCCGCCUCCCGAUGCCCAUAACAACUCCGAGCAUCGCCUCAGUGUCGAAAAAGCUCUCGAAGCUUUAGAAAACGAAUCUACCUUUGAAGGACAUGGAUACGAACCCCCCAAUGCUAGGAUGGGAGAAGGUGAUCUACAAAAGGACACCGUGGGGACCACGGAAGGGUCGGAGAAUGACAUGUUCCAAGACGCCCCAAUGGAUGAUCAGACAAAGGCCAGUAUAGAGCCGUCCCAAGCCUCUGAAUCUGAAGAAGAUGAUAAUACCAAGGCAGCCCUGCCAUCCGCUCAACCCAAGCCUGGGAUUUCCAAGGCAAAUAGAGCGGACCAUCUAGGCGCGGAAACUUCGGAGAAGGUUUCUGACGGCAAGGACAAUAGAACCAGCUCAAUGAAGAAGGAAGAAUCAUCUAGAGACCAACCUGCAAAGAAACGGACCCGGAAACGGCCGUCUAAGUCCGGAAGUUGCAACAUCAAUGGUGAUGAAGUGUCCGGCCAGACAACGACCAACAAAAGAGAUCAGGCUGUCUCAGUUCUCACGAAAGCUAGUCAGAAGAACCGUGAUCCACGAAGGACUCCAAGCCUCGACAGCCCAGGAGAACAACUUUCACAGUCAUUGCAGGAAUCCGCGCGCAAAGAAUGGUCCAUGAAAGCCGUCAAUAAAAAGCUUGCGGAGAGACAGGAAGCGACAACUUCAUCACCAACACCGGGAAAGAUACAUAAUCAAGAUGGCCUGACGGUAAAUGCCGACAAGCAAACCAUUCCGCCCAAGGAAUUGAGAGGACGUGAGAAAGACGAAUCCGUCAGUUCGCCUAAGAAGGCGCCCAGGCAAAGAAAAUCCCGAACAGAUCUAAAGUCUUGGGGAACGAACCGACAGACAGAUGCGAUGGUCUCUGCACUCAGUCUCGUUGCGCACCGUUCAGAAAAAAGGGAAGCCCAGGACAGCUCUACAACAAAACCCCUCCCGAAUUGGGGCUCGGAUCAGAAUGGGGUUGCUGACAGGGUAUCUUCCGUUCAGCCUCAACCCCAACCUGAAUCAUUCACGGCUGGCAAACAGGGUGAAUCGAGAAAGAGCCCUUCUCUCCCAAUGGGUUUGACGGAAGAAGAAAUACAGAUCAUGAAAAGCCGAGCUGGAAUGACCAAGGAGCAAUAUGAGGCAGAAAAGAAGCGGAAAAGAGAGGAAGCGAAGAAGCAAGCGGCAGAGCUGCAGAGAAAGAAAGCAGUUACGGCAAAAAGAGAGAGCACUGUCAAACCGUCGACGGAGAAGGAUUCCAAAGGAAGAAGUGCCACGCCGACUGAUUCUGUAUCUAUGAAAGAAAAACCCCGUGAAAUUGUCUCCACAGAUGAUACCUCAAAACGCACUGGUAAAAGUACAACUCUGAAGCACACAAGCGACACUCCCUCUGAAAAGGCAAAGUCAGCCUCAUCAUCCAAGACUCCCACCGCCAACAAAACGGAGCCCAAACGCCGAGAAUCAUCGACUACAAGCUCAUCUCAGCCUCGAAAAUCGGAUGCUAGCCUCCCACUCAAGACACCUGCUAAAAUGCCAACAAAAAGCCCUUCUGCGAAAUCAUCUACCACCCACAAAUCUGCAAAACCUUCUGGACAACAGCAGUCAGAGUCCAAGGCACCGAGCACUACAUCAAAAAUAUCCACACCAGCGCCUAGUAGUUCUCAGACCAAACCUUCAGCCCCCUAUGCUCCCAAGUCAGCCUCAACGUCAAUGACAUCGCGCACACCGCAACGACAGGGGAAUGUAGCGCUUUCGAAAGCGAAAAGUCUCUCGGAGCUGCGUGGGAUCAUGCGAAAAGAGGAAGAAUCCUCGACGAAGGCCCCGGCGGUUGAGAUAAAGGCAAAUCAGAAACGCUCACUGUUAAAUCUAUCCAGUGAUGAUGACGGUGAGGAGACUGAGAGCAGCGACGACGACGACGAUGAUGAUGGGAAAGAGGCAGCAGCAGCAGAAAAGAAGGCAAAGCAGGAGUCAUCAUCCUCAUCUAGCAGCUCCACAGAUGAUGAGGACGAAGAUGAGGACGAGAGCGAGGAAGAGGACGAAACAGACGAUGCAAAGACGAAGGCGAAACCGCGGGCGAAACCGAGACCCUUAGGUCAGCCGGACCCGAGUAUUCGUGAUAGGAUCGUGGAGCCGGGGUCUGAUGAUGACGAGGAUGACGAUUUGUAG